AUGUUGGAUAUAUUCAAAAGGAGAUCCUUGGCGAUUGGAUCUAGGGCAUGUUUUUCAACGAGCAAUACGGGGCGUAUGGCGAGGAAAGGCAUCGUCCCUUUAAAAUCUCGACUACGGGAGGUCUUAGGAGAUGAGAAUGAUGGAAUCAGUAUGAGAAUCAGUGGCGAUAAAAAGAAUAAACUGGAUAAUGAAAUAUCAAAACCGGAUAUAUUCAAAGUGAAUGAUCUACUAUCCUCGAGAGUCGAAACUUUUUUCAGCCAAGAUAUUUAUAAGCUUCUCAAAUCAACACCCACAUUUAAUGUUCGACAUGGUUUGGUAUUCCGGUUUUUAGGCACAUCGGUAGAGCGCGUGAAGAAUUCUUAUCUUGUGGCUGAAGAUGUUGAAAAGCAACUAAUAAAAGGAAACCUUGCGCAAGCUAUAUACAUAGUCAAGUUAGCGCGAACAAAUGGAUCGGUAGGUAUGAAUCUCAUACUCAAGCAUAUCUUAAGCCACGACAUUACUGAGACAGUUAAGGGCCUACCCUUCAAAGUACAGGGAAACAAAUCUGAAUAUAAUCAACAGUUGGCACAAAAGGUAUACCAUUUGCUCCGAAAAUGGGGUGUUCCAGUAAACUCCCAUACCCACUCCAUACUAUUCAAUAAGAAUAGUCUCAUUAAAAGUACCGAUAAAAAGAGUGUUGACAUGUUAAUUGACAAGUACCGAAGGUCGAUAUCGCAACUGCCUUUGAAGAGUGCAACAGUAAUAGUCAAUGGAAAUGCAACAUUGGCAGCUUUGGGGAAUCUAGCUUCAAUAGAUCGGAUCAAGGAAUUUUUUGACGAGAUGCCGCACAAGGAUAAAAUAACCUACACCACAAUGUUUAAUAUUCUUGGAAGAAGAGGACCCAGUGAGGGAAACCAGUAUCGUGAGAAGGUAUGGUCUGAGUUUUUAAAUCAGACCAAACAUCGCCAAGGUGUUCAAUUGGACGGUCUCCUGGCACGGGCCUACCUGUUUGCUACAAUGAGAGAGCAAAAUGGGGCUCAGUUAGUCCUGGAUGAAUUCGAAACCCUUUUUGAUCUAAACAAGCUUGUAGGGUGGAACUUGAAGCCUGAAAAUGGUUUGCAGGAAUCGAGUAGCACAUUUGAGAUCAACAAACAGGAGCUUUCUAUUCUACUCGAAUGUCUUUAUCAAACGGCUAAUCAUGAUAUGGUGACUAGAUUAUUUGAGGCUCUCAACAAAAAAAACAGUCCAAUAUUGGACAUGUCCCAUUUCAAUAUUUAUAUUAAGACUAUAGAAGUGAGAGGCGCUGUGAAUCUUGUAGGGCCUCUACUGGAAUUAUUUUCAUCCCGACCAGAGCUUAAACCAUCUGCAGAAAUGUACGCUGGACUUAUUCGAGCCUAUAUCAACAAUGAACAACCUGUUACUUCUAAGGAACUUGAGACUGUUAAGGAAAUUAUAAAUCUUAGCAAAGGAGGUGGGAAACAUUCGAGGCUACUAAUGCCAGUGGCUUUAGCCUAUUGCGACCUAUUCAAUUGUAUAUAUUCAGAUCACCGAAACAGGCCCUCUGGUGCCUUUGAUCGAAACCAUGGCAUCAAAGCUUUGAAAGUGGCUCUAAGCUGUACUUCAAGCAUAACAGCAUCGUUGGGACUUAGUUCCAGAUCAACGCCCAGCUGGUUUGCGACACACGCAAAUUUCCAGCAACAAACGGAGGCACUGCAGUCUAUGAUUGAGUUGUGUAGACACCUUGAAAAGCGGCGGUGGUCUAACGAGAUAUCUACUGGGAUUUAUAAAUUGCGCAAGGCCCUUAUGGGGUUGAGAGCAAGCCUGGAAGAUCCCAAGCUCACUUUAGCCAGCAUUCAAUCAGCAGUUCAUGCCUUUAAUGGCCAUAUAGAUAUGGUCCGCAAAAUAAUGAAAUAA